GAACAAUAUCCUCGUACAAAUAGAAAAGAAACGAGAGAAAGAGAGAGAGAGAGAGAGAGAGAAAGAGAAGUUUAUUUCAUUAAAUCAAGACGUGACUACACUGUAGUGACUAUUUAAAAAAUUGUAAUCUUAUCAAAUUAUCAAUUAUUUAUCAAUAGAUAUCUGUGAUAUAGUUUGCAAAUCUUAUCAGACAAUUAAAAUUUUCCUAGUUGUUAAUAAGUAAUAAGUAUCUGUGAUAUAAUUUAAGAAUCUUAUCAAAUUUUAUUUAAUAACACUUGAAAUAUUUUUACUUAUCAAAAGUGAUUUGGAGUGGUUCGAGAAUGAAUUAAUUCUUUCGCACUGAUAUUUUUAUUAUAUAAAAAGAGAAGAAGAUAUAUAAAAUAAGAUUGAGUGCAAAAUGAAAAAGUGAAUUUUCGCUUGCAAGAGGGAUUCUUGCUCGAUGCAUUAAUGAACGUCAUAAUAGGCGCGUGUGUUAUAUUUACGCCUUUUCGUUUAUGUGAAAUCACGAUAAAAUGGAGCUAUUGGUACCAGCAGUUUCAGACGUCGUGUUUAAAUACACAUGGCCUAUUCCAAAUUAUAAAAAAACUAUUUCGAAGAAAAGCUUUAUAGAUAGCCCGUCCUUCAACGUCAAUAUAAAUGGUAUUCACAGCACAUGGAAUUUAUCCAUCAGAUUCUGGAAAAAUCCUGAUGUUUUCAAUGCCGACGUUAAACAUUGGGAAUACUGUCACGUUAGCAGGACAAUACUCGAGCUAAAAUCAUACACGGACAUCAUUUCCUUGGGCUAUAGAGACUUGUCCAUCGUCCACAGACAUUUAAAGAAGAAUGGUGAGGUGGUAUUAAUGGUUAAAAUACAGAUAAUUCAAUACGAAAGCGAAAAACAUAACUUGUCACAGGAUAUGGCCAGACUGUUAAAACAUUCAUAUGGUGCAGACACUAAGUUAAUUUGUGGUGGUUUAAACAAUACAGAAAUUCCAGUUCAUAGUACUGUAUUGACUGCUCGUAGCAACGUUCUUGCUGAAAUGAUUUUGCCUUUAAAAGAAUUUAAUGAGAGGAAAGAUAUGAAGAUAGAUACUAUAAAAAAUAAAAUGGAUAUGAGGAUGUUACAAGAAAAUAAUAUAAUUGAUAAAGAAAACGGACGUUCCAAUAAACGUUAUGUAUUUUCCUUGGAAUUGUUGGAUCUUAAUAAAGAGGUAGUUGAAGAAUUUUUGCGAUACAUAUACAGCGAUCAAGUCGAUAAUUUGGAUAAUUUUGCUCCACAACUUUUAUCAUUGGCUGAACGUUUUUCUUUGCAAGGAUUAAAAGAACUUUGUGAAAGAAAUCUUAUGGAAACAAUAACUCCAGAAAACAUAGCAAGCAGACUUUUAAUUGCAGAUGAAUUUGGAUGUGAUGCACUUAAAAAAGCAAGUUUAGCAUAUUGCGAGGAAAAUUUAACGGUACUUAACAAAAGUUUAGCAUGGAAAAUAAUGGAACAAACAAAUCCAGAAUUGUUUAAUGAAGUUUGUGAAGCUGGUAUUGGAAGUUCAAGAUCAAGUAACAUGGAUGAUAGUGAAUUAAGCAAUUGACAUCUUUUCUUUAUAUAUAUAAACAAAAUUAAUUAUAAAUUUUUGAUUUCAAUGAAUGAACUUUAAUAAAGAUUAUUUUUAUAAA